AUGUCGUCGACAGCAACAGACGAAGACAUUGUGGACAGAUGGAUUGAGAUUGACGAUUCCAUCAAUGUCCCAGAGCAAACCCUCGAUGAAAUUCUUACUGAUAAGAUCCUGGAUUUGGAUGAGGAGAUUCUGAGUGGACUUGAUGAUGAGGAGUCGCUGCUCACAUCACCGCGACAGUCGACUUCUACUAUAUCAUCUGUUUUUUCUUACACAUUGGAUUCGCCUCUUCAUAUCAGAGAAUUAGAAUCCAUUACAUAUCAAUUGAAAAUGCAGAAUGAUCGUAAUUUUGGAGGUCACGCUAGAGCCCUGGCUGUUUCUAAUGUUAACAUUGCUGUUGGGACGAGUCGUGGGCUAGUGCUGAUCUUUGACUGUGAAAAUCAAAGAUUUGUCCAUUCGAUAACAGCAGACGGUUGCCCAGUAUCAUGUCUCGACUUCAACAAAACUAGUACACUAUUGGCCAUUGGUUACUGUUCCGGUCUAAUACGUACAUUCAGUGUUGCUACAGGUAAGGUGAUCGACGACGUCAGUGAUGUAGUUCAGCCCGGCCAGGGUGUACUACAAGUUCUUUUUUGCGCAAGUGACAGGAGACUUGCGUGCCUAGACAGUGGAGGUUCGGUUUAUGAAAUGAUAUUACCAACAACAGUUCGAUCACGAAAAACUCGCUGUGUUUUCUCAGGCUGUCAUGGCGAGGUGGUAUAUCUGAAAAUGUUGGACAACGACGGUAUCUUAGCUCUCUUAUCACUCAAGAAAUUGUUUCUAGUAAGCCUGAAGAAGAUGUGUUUGAUAUACGCUACUUCAUUCAGUGGACCAGCCAAUCGCCCACCUUUAAUUGAUUGUCAGACAAUAAAUAUCAAGGAAAAAUCACAAAAGAAGACCACUGCUUUCUGUGUGGGGCGUGGUUCGACAGUUGAAUUCUGUUAUUUAACCUAUGAAUUUUCAAAUUUGCGAGUCAUACGUUAUCGAGUAUUAUCGUUGGAUUUCGAAAUGAUAAAUCUAAAAUGGGUAGAACCGUAUUACUUGAUUGUCGUGGAUGCUAGUGAAAUGAUUCAUUUGAUCGACACUGUGCAGGGAGAUACUGCAGUAGCAAAUAUUCACGAUAUGCAACUUGCAUAUGCUACCGCUGAUUUCAAGGGCUUGUUUACUGGCGGUAAUGUAAGUGCUGCCUUGGAUUACCUAGCUGACUGCGUAUGUUACCAGUGCAUUUGCCGUGUUGAUAGUUUGGUAUUUCUUCUUGGCCAGUCUUCUAUUUAUAUUAUCUCAGUAAGCGAUCAAAUAACGCAGCUGGAUAGCUUGAUUGACCGAGGACAGAUGGUAUCAGCGAUUCUCUUUGCUCUUGACAUCGUUAUGGGCAGAGUCACCAAUAAAACAAAAGGACUGAAUUUGAGACAUGUCGUUUAUUCACGAAUUCCUAGUCUUAUUCAGGCGUUGCUAGCUUUGACUAUAUCUGGUCUAGCGAAUGGAAAAGUAACACAACUUGUUGAACAUUAUAAAAAACAUAUUCAACUCCUUAUACUAACAUGUAUCACUACCAGUCAGUUUGAUUUGCUGUAUAAUACAGUGUACAAUUGCUUGGAAAAAGACAUCCUUUCCAAGACAAUAUUUUUCGAGCUCAUCGAUGAAGUUGUAUUGGAUGGACGAUUGCAUGAUCCACCUCCUGGACUAGUCUCCGAUUAUUUUCAUCAUUUGAUAUCAGAAGGCAAUUUAAACCAAUUUGAAGCAGCAAUAGUGCGUAUUCCAGUUGAAAAACAGGACAUUCAUUUUGUGUUAACCACUUGCAGGAAAAAUAGGCUUUACGAUGGCGUCAUAUAUGUUUACAAUAAGGCAAUGUCAGAUUAUAUAGGACCACUCGAGGAGAUAUUUGAUCAUUUGGCGGAGCUUGUCGACUGUGAAGUGUUGUCAGAUUGCGAAAUAGCACUAGGAAAUAAGUUAUUAUUGUAUAUUCAAUGCUGCCUAUCGGGUAGAGCCUACCCAUUUGGAUCUUUGCCAGAGAGGGUUGUUACGACCCUUCCUUUGCAAGUGUAUCGCUGUUUGAUUUCCUACAAAGGCAAGAAUGGCAUAUCGGCAUCGGUUAUAUAUCCAUAUCUACGACUGCUUAUCAAAUUUGACUCUGUUCAGUUCUUUAACGUCAUAUUUACAUGCUCAGACAGCGAUAUUUUUAAUUCAGAAGAUGGAAGAUUACAGAGAAUCACGGAGGUGAUUUAUCAAAUAAUUAAUUCGAUGGAUCGAAGCGCAGUACUCUUCAUCAAUUAUUUCACUCUUGUCGCUCAUUUGUUACAGAAAAAAGUAAUUUUGCCAGCACUUGACACCAUCAGCGAGUUGAUCGAGAUGGUACUAUCAUUUGGUGAGUCUAUUGAGCGGUUUGCAGAUGCUGAGAGAUGUGUUGUGGAAGUAAUGAGGACUGUGAGUGGCCUCGAUGAGGUGAAGAUACUGUUGCAAGCCAAAAAAUUACCUCACUUGCAGGUCUGCUCACACAUUUAUAUAAACAGGCGGGAAUUCGUCAGUUUGGUGGAGUGUUAUCUAAGUAACCCAGUGAAUGCAAGGUUUGCAAAAAUCGAUUAUAGCCAGACAGCCGAAAUUAUUCUUGAUCACUUUACGGAAUGGUUAUCCAAGGAAACCUUGAAAGACAUUGAUGCAUUAUUACUCUAUUAUUACUGCUUUCUAGCAAGACGUGAUCGUGGAUAUCGAACUUUAACGGAUUUUGAAGAACGUGAUGAGCAGCUUUUAGUUCUUGCUGUAAAGGGAGUUGUAGCACAUAAUUUAUUUGAGAAUCUGGACACGCAGCUGAGCGAGUUUUUACGUUUUUGGGUGAAGAUAGCAUCGAGAACAGAUCGAUGUUUGAAUUAUACAGUUCAGCAUGGACUUAUUUUAUCAAGUGUGUUACUUCUGGAAGCCAGAAAACUUCUAGAGGGGGCUUUCGAAGUGCUUGACAAUGAGCUUGAAAAAGUGUGGAUGAAAAACGCGAUGCUGUCAUCGAAAUAUAUUUACGAAUCAAUUCGUUUGGCUAAUAUUUAUCGUGAAGAAGCUCGACAAGGAAACUGGCUUUUCAAAAUACUGGACAGAAUCCUUUCACUUCCAGGAUCAGAGCUUCAGGAGGAGUCAGGUAUGAUGGUGGUAUUAAACGACAUAAUAGCUACAAUUAUGGGAAAUGGAAGUAGUGAUGCGGAAUAUUUGGUUGACGCAUUAUUUAAUCAUCCAGUAUUUCGAUGUUCAACAUAUGCGAAAUUCCGUUCACUGAUAGCAUUCAUGUUUGCAUCGUGUCGCUAUGAGGAUGUACUCUUGAAAGAAACCGUACGAUGCAUCGAAAGGGAGACCGUACAAAUGUUAAACGAUUUGAUAAAACAGGCGACAGGUCGCACUGCUGGCUUGAUAACAUCGAAUAUGUGCAUUAACUGUGGACGCUCACCAAGGAAAUCGUCAUAUCUUUACAGGCACGUUUUAUGA